AUGAAAUAAUUAAAAUUAGGGAGAAACUUAAGCUAGCCUCAGUUGCUAUCUUAAAGUGAAUGCUUUUCUAUAACAGCAAAGACAAUGAAUCUUGAACAAUUUCAAAAUCCUCCACUUUUAGCAUCGCACCCAUAAUUUUAGUAGAAAUAUUUUUAAUAAGUACUUGAUAAAAAUAUAUUCAACUAGACUUUAAGAAAAAAUGAAAGUUUAGAGAAUAACAAGGACAGUAGCCUUUAAAGAGGCAUUGGGACUAGUCAAAAUGAAUAGGCUAUUAAAAAUUCCCAAGAUAGUAUUAUUAGAUAUCAAUAAAAAGGUAUUUCGUUUUCAGAUUAUAUUGAAGAUAAAUAUCAAAAAUUGAGUACUAAAUAAAUAAAAAUGAUUCCAGCGUCUUUUCUUAAAACUUUUAAUCUCAUAAAAGAAGAUUUUGUAGUCCAAUAAUAGGUCAUUAAAUCUCCUAAAAAGUAGAAGACUGAUCUUUAGCUAAUUAAUGUAUAGCAAAAUAUAUUUUAAAACAUGAAAAAUAAAUCGAUCCCUCAAAUCUAAAUGUUUGAUCCCUAAGAUGAUUAAGUUAUUUAGACAUUAAGUGAAUAGUUUGUCACUAGCAAGCAAAAUACCUUAAUAGACGUAAAUGGACAUUAGAAAAAAUAAAAAAGUAGAAUAGAACUAAAUAGAUAGGUCCUUUUGAUGAAAGAAAGCAGAAAAGUUAUUAAACUUGAUCAAUUAGCAAAGGUAAAAGAUUAAUAAAGUAAAGAAAUAAUUUAAAGCAGCACCCAUAGCAAAAACUAUAAAAAUGAAGUGCAAUAAAUAAAUAGCUCAAACAAUAGAGAAUAUACUAAUAAACCAAGCUCUUAGAAUAAUAUUUAAAGAAAUAAUCAAUUUAAGAGCAUAAGUAUCUAGCAAAAUUAAUAAAUUGAUGAUUUAAACUAUUAAAUUUAGAGAGCAGAUAAUAAAAGUAGAGAUUAUAAACAAAUUGAAGAAAAGAGUAAUUAAAACAAAUUCAAACAAAUAUGCUAAUACUGCUGCUUUUCGAAUGAGAAAGGUGAUCAAGUUGAUUAUCCCUAAAACUGUGUUUGCCUUUCAAAGUUAAAUUUAACUAAAAAAAACCAACUGCUAACUGAAAAAAAGGUGAAUAGUUCGGAGUAAGAAGAAAUCAAUCUUGAUUUCUUAAAGCUCAGAAAUUCUUAGUCUUAUUUUCCUUAAUUCAAUUCCGAAUAUCCAUAAAAGCAAAGUGGUGCUAAUUAAAAACAAUAGCAAAAUAUCUCCUAAGAAAGCAAAAAUAAAAGAUAAUUUUUUUCUUUAGAAAAAAUAGGGAGUAAAAACGACUAAUACAUAAAAAAAUUAGAACUCUUUGAAGAAAAGCUUUAAAGCCUUAAAAAUGAAGAAAUUUAGGCAAAGCAAAAGACUUUGAUGGAGUAAUUCGAGAGAUAGUUUUAAAAAAAGUCUCCUGUGAAUAAUUAUCUCAACUUUAAGAAAUAAAUUCACAAGAGCAAGGAUUUAUAUGAUAAUUCAGAUAAAAACUCCUAAAAGGGCACUAUUUUACAAAGUUAAUUAGAUGGAGUUAGGCAAUAAGAAAUACACAAAAGACUCUAAUUGGUUGGUGAAGAUGAAGUUAACGAGUCUGAAGAUGGAAAUUAUGCUAGUAAAAGCUCAUAAACAAAAAAAUUGCAGUCUACUCCAUAAUCUCCGUUUCAAAGUUUUAGAAAUAAAAAUAAUACAAAUUAAAAACAUCCAAAUUAGAUUAUUUCUACUACUUUAAAAAAAAUUCUUUAAUAAUAAAGAGAAAUUGAUGAAUAUGAAACAAAACCAAUGAUCGAUUAUGCCGAAAUAGAGUAAACUCUUAACAAAAGAUAAAGUAAACUUGAUUCACCAUUAUCUAGUCCAAAAUAAAACAAAUAAAGUUAAUUUUCAUCAAGCAAAGACUCCUUUUACAACAAUUCCUAAGAUUUUGUAGUAGAUUUUAGCAGAAAUAACUCAGUCAAUUCUCCAAAAUCUGUGUACAGCAGUUAAUCUCCCAUAGCUAAAAUUGAAAACUUUUCUUUAAACAUGUAAAUUAGCCAAAUACAAUCAGAUGCAAGGAUAAGAUCAUUUAGCUAAAAAGUUAAUAGCAAUUAAACAAAUGAACAAGCGUAGAGAUUAGAUUUAGUAAGCAAAUACUCUGACUAAAAAGCACCUGAUUCAAAAUAUAUUAAAAGUAAGUUUUAAGAGACUAAAGAAUUUAUGACACCUUAAAAUAAGUCAUAAAUAAAUAACACUAUUUGGGGUUUGAACUCUCCUUAAAAUACACCAGAUUAAAUUGAAAAUCUCAAUUAGGCAACUGGAAAGUUUUUUAAUAGCAAUGAAGAAUUAUUUAACAAAAUAGGAAGUGACGGAAAAAGACUUUAUAUUCCAUCUAGAAUUAGAGGAAUUAGUGAAAUUUUUAAAAAGUAAAGCGAACAACAACUAUAAUUAAAUUCUGAUUCAAGAGAUCAUUCUAUUUCUUUUAAGACAGGCUCUUUUGAAUAAUAAGAUCCAGCUAAAAAUCAUGUGCAGAAUAUUGCUGGCUUUUAAUCUUAAGAAAAUUCUCUCUCAAUUUUUAGUCGACUUGAUGACAUUAAAAAAGAAAGAAAGAUAGAAUCCUCUACUCCAACAAAUAAAGCUAAUAAUUAUUAAAGAGCAGAUUCUUUUUCUUCAUAAAAUAAGCAGUAAAAUGCUCAAAGAGAAAGCUUAAAAAACUCUAUCUAUGAUGAAAUAGUUAAAAAGAGAAAAGAAAGAACUAUUUAACAUUAAGAACUGCAAAUAAAAAACAAGUAGCAGAUGAUAGAAGCUUUUGAUCAGAAAAUGAGGGAACAGUAAAAAUUAGAAAUAAACAGCAAGUUAGCCAAAUUGAGAUUGAAACAUUAAGGCUCUAUUUAGCUUCAUUAGUAAAAAUUAACUAAUCAAAACUCUGGUCAAGAUAGGGAGAGUGACUUAGCCUCUUUGCAUUAAAUUGAAGGAUUAAUAAAGAACGAAUCAUAAAUUUUUGGUGUAAAAGAUAAUCAGAUAAAAUCAUCUGAAAGUAUCUCAUUAAAUUAGAUUACCUUGAAUAACAGAGAUAGUGAUUAGCUAAAUUGCGAAAAUAUUAAAAAAGAUGAAGAAACUUAAAAUGAGUAGAGGCACGCUGAGAAGUAGCAUAUAGACUAGAAAGAAAAACCAUAAGAUUGCUAAUCAGAAUAAAAAAUAUCAAGAAUUUUAUCAAAAAGAAACAAUAUUCAGAUUUCAAUUAAUACCUAGAAUUUCAAGGAGGCAGAAUAAGAUUCUUAAAGUGAUUUAAGCAAAAGUAGAUAAGAAAAUGAGAAAUAAAGUCACUCACCUCUUCCUUAAAUACAUAUGAUGAUUAAUAAUGAUAUGAUGGUCAGUUCUUUAAAUUAAAAGAGUCCAUCUCGUCUUUCUAUGAUUGGAUCGAGAAGAGUUUCUAUAUUUUAAAAUAUAACUUAAAAGGAGUUAGAAAAAUAGCAAAAGUGUUUAAAAACUCUUUACGAUGAUACAAAUAAAAUAGUACAGCAAUUUAUUGAUAAAAUUUACUGUGGUGAAUAAGAAAUCAAUGAUGAUGAGGAUGAGGAAGAAAAGAACACAGGCUAAACUCAACAAAUAAAUUACUAUUCAAGUAUAAACAAAAAAUAUAUAAAAGAAUCAUAAACUAAAUAUGAUAUCAUUUAGCAGUACACUAAAAAGUUAAGAAAAAUAUUUAAAAGAGAAAUUAUUUAUGCAUCAGAAUUGUAAAACAUCCUCAAAAGCUAUUUCGAAACAUGUUUUAUUGAAAAUUGUGUACCAAAAAGUGAGAUUUUUGUUUAAUUCAAGCUUCAGAAAAAAACUCUUGAAAUCAUUUUUUCAGUUUUUAUGUUCAUUCUGGAAGAUAAUGAGUAUCCUAUUGAUGUGAUUGCCUAAGCAGAAAUAAAUUUGAAAAAGAAUUAUAAGUUAAUAGCAUUUUUGCCUGCUCUGCAUGACGAGUUAGGGGGAUCUAACUAUAUGAACAAAAUUAAUUUAUAAUACUCUGCAGUGCUGAUGAAGAGAUUGCUGGAUUUGUAUAAAAAUGUAGAAUAAGACAAUUUUCCGAAUUAAAACACAACAAAUUAGGAUAUUGAUCCUUCUACCAAUAACAUUAAAUCAAAGCAAGAAAUAAACCUAACUACUAACUAGUAGCCACCUAUGACUAUAAACAUUUAUCCCAGCGAAUAAUAAAAUAACAAAAAAAUAGCUUAUUCUAUAAUUGAAUCAAAUAUAGAAGAACACUUUGAGCAAGUAUUUCUGAGAACAAGCAUGAAAAGGAUCAGUGCAAUGAAUUUAGAAAGCUAAAAUAUAUUUUCAAAUAAUUCUGAGGCAGCUAUCGAAUCAUAGCAGGAUAAGAACAUAAAGUACAAGUAUACAACAGAGCAGAUAGAAUGCCUCCAUUAAUAGAUAUUGAAUCUUUUAAGGUUUAUUUAUCACAAUAAUAGCUAUUCUUAGUUGGAUAUGAGCAAUAUGGUUGAUAAGUCGAGUAUUAAAGAAAUUUGCAAGGUCUUUGAGGUAAAUUAGAUUUGCUUUUUUGAAAUAAAAGAGUCAAUGUGGAAUACGUUGUAAGAUUUUAAAGUAUAUAUAACAACUAUUCUCAGACUUUAAGAGUAACUUGAAAGAUACAGAUAUAUAAUAACCCUUGUCCCUCUUGUUGAUCACCUUCUGUCUGACUCAUCUCUCUAUGAGUCGAUAACUAGAGAAAUGGAGUGGAGAGUUCAAAGCAACGAUUCAACAGUUCAUGGAAUCUUUGAGAACCAGCAAACUUUCAAGGCAUUCUGCCACACGCUAAUCUCGGAAAUCGUUUUGAAGAUUAAAAGCAGCUACAACUUAGAUAUUUUCUUCAGAUAUCUAAAUUUAAAUGUUUAACAAUUUGAUUUUAUUUCAUCAAUAUUCAUUAAAUCUAUUUCUCAUGUUGGCUUUGAUCAUAGUUUUUGUAAAGAUGCAGAAAUAAAAUUUAAAAAAAUUAAGUAUAAGCUUGAUUUGCAAAUAUCUCCUAUCAAACUGAUAGGUGGCCAAGCUGGCUUAAGAAAAAUUAUUGAUUAAGCCCAUUAAAUGAUUUUAAAUCCAGCAUACGAAAAUGAGUAUACAGAGUAUGUUAAAAAGUUUCCAGAAGACUUACAUAACCUUCUUUACGAAAUUCCACCUAACCAUAUUUCCAGUAAAUAUAAUCGUAGACCUGGACUAAAAUUUUUAGAAUAUAUCAUGCUUUCUCUGUUUUCACACGAAGAUUGUUAUAGUAUUUAAGAUCUAAGAGCAGGAGUGUAAACUUAUAACAUAGCAAAAACUACUCCUAUUCAUUGGAAAUCUCUUUUAGAAUAUUCAAUGAAUAAUCUUAAAUAUUCAUAAUCCACUAUUAAAACUAUCAUUCAAGAAAUUAAUACUUAGCUCUUAAUAGUUUUUAUUGAUUUGAGCGAAUGA